AUGUCGAAUAUUUCACAAACUCGUGGUUUUACAAAAUUUAGCUCUUCUUUUGUGGACGAGAGCUUAUUUGGCACAAGAAAAAUAACUAGAGAACCUGAAGAACAUUGCAAACACUUUGAUCCGCCAUGGAUUACAGAAAAAGACGGCAAAAUAAAACGAACUAAACCUCUAUUAUUUUAUUGUCCUUCGAUAGCAACGACGCAAAAGACCUUAACAACAGCGAAUAAAGGGGAAAUCGCGCCUUCUACACCAAAGUCGAAGUCAAGGCCAUCUUCAGCAAGAAAUAACAAGCAACAUAUGAAAUUUUCACCGUCCUAUGUUGACGAAUCCUUGUUUAAAUCGGCAAGACAAAACGAUGAAAAGCCGGCAAAUUUUGACCCCCCAUGGGUCAGAAAAACGGACAAAAAACCAAGGCCUAUACUUUGGGAUUAUUCAGGGUGUAGGCCUGCAAGUUCUUCCACACAGACGCAGGGAGGGGUGCUUGCAGGUACACAUAGGACAGAAUCAGCCAGAAGUGAAAGGGGAAAAAGUGGAAGGACUGAUAGGAUGGGACAGGAUAAUAGAAGACCUUGGAGAUAG